UCAUAUGCGAACGCGGCGCGAAUCAGCUGAUGUCGUAAACACACGAGCAUGGCUUCGUAUAUGUGUAUUCGCAAGACCAGGGGAGUUUUGCGAUACUUUAAAACGGUUUCGUUUAUUAGUUCCAAUCUUACAGCUUACAGAUCUAUUUCUCAGGUGAAGAGAAAACCAUGUCAGAGAUCUUUAAUGACUAGUCCAGUCUCUCACCAUGGCAGCUAUGAAUAUCAAGAUCCAAAAUCUGAGGAAGAAGUGGUUAAUGUGACUUUCAUUGACCGUAGCGGAAAUAAGGUCCCCGUGAGAGGAAAAAUCGGAGACAACAUCCUUUACCUUGCUCACAGAUAUGGCAUUGAACUGGAAGGUGCAUGUGAAGCAUCAUUAGCAUGCAGUACCUGUCAUGUUUACGUAGAUGACAAUUACACAGAUCUGUUACCAGAUCCCGUUGAAGAAGAAGAUGACAUGUUAGAUUUAGCAGUAUUUCUAAGAGAUAAUUCCAGACUCGGUUGCCAGAUUAUACUCACAAAAGAAUUAGAUGGAAUGACACUGACUCUACCUCAAGCAACUAGAAAUUUCUAUGUGGAUGGACACGUGCCAAAGCCACAUUAGGACAAGAAUCAUCUCAAAACUUAAAUUGGAUCAAGAAAUAUCAUAUAUGGUGUUAAAAAAAGUUCAAUCAGAUGUUUGCAGAAGUGAAAAAAUAUGUGGUGCUGGGCAGAGAAUUUUUUAGAUAUAUCUUUCAAAAUUAAGGUAUGAGGUGGAUUUUAAGAAUAGUGCAUAAAAUGAGUUAGGGAGAGCAGAGUUAAGGAAGAUGGGUAUACUGAUACAGAAAAGAGUUAUUGUUACAUUUUCUUUUAACAGUUACUGGUAUACUGUCCCCUUGCAAUCUUUAUUGGUGAAUCAUGUAAUGUGGUACCAUGUUAGAAGAUGCUGCCAUUUUCAUAGGCUGCAUAAAACAUUCAUGACUGAGAAGUCCAAGAUUUUCCAAAUUAAAACCAUGACUUUAAUUUCUGCCAAACUCUACUUCUCAAAAGUAAGUUGCCACUAGUAUUGCUCAAAAAUGCAGCUCAUUCUGAGUGAUUUGAAAAGCACAAACAUGUAUAGAAAAUAUUCUUUCACAUUUGCAAAUAUUUGAUGUAACUUAGCAGACAUCUUGUAUUUGCAGGAAAUGAAAACAAAUUUGGUCUGUUAGAGAAGUAAGACAAUUAGUGUUUAUAAUAUAUGAGAAAAAAACUCAAGAUCUUAGUUGUAAGCUUCAAGUUAUGUAUUAUGUACAUUAAAUGUAUAUUGAACAAUCACCGACAAGAUUACAUGUAUAAAAUGCAUAUUGAAGAAUUUUAAAGUACGUAAAGAACUAAAUAUGUUGUAAACUAAGCCUGUUAUGUAUGUAAGUUCAAACUGUUUAUCAUUUCUUCACAUGGAUACAACCAACAAAGAUGGAAUGUCAUGAAAAAUUUCAUACUUUAACAGUUAUACAUAUUAGAAAUGCACAUGUACAUUUUUGCUGUGUAGAAUUUCAGUUUUACAUUUUGCAGUUUUAGCUUAAAAAAAAAGGCAAGCUCCAAAUCAUUCCCAUCACUUUGUAAACUAAGUGUUGUAAAAGAAAAGAAAUCUCAGUCACAUUUCUUGUUUUAACGAUUAUGAAAGAUCUGGAAAGAGUAUUCUCACCACACAGGAAUUUUGUCCUUGGACCCAUAAUGAUUAUCUAUUUUAUUUUUUUGUUUUGAUAUUUUUUAUGACUUUUACUUGUAUUCUAUCUGCACAGGAAAAGUAAAUGAUUCAGGUCUAAAUCCUGUAUUAUGAAUCUGGCAUUUAAAAAAAAAUGACUUCAGUUAUUAUAUUUUGAAACUGUGUGCUUAUAUGUUUUAGCAAAGAGAAAUGUAUAUCUUUUUCAAGAAUACUCAUUUUAUAACAUCUUUUGUAAUUUUAUUUAUUGCUUUAAUAUCUGUGUUCCAUUAGGAACUUUAUGAUAUAACAGCACUGUAUUGACUACCUAACCUAGCAUAUAAAAUUGACUGUUGUUCACAUAUUGGGUAAUGUGACUCCUUCAUGGUAGAAAGGAACUGUCUACUGAUGUACAUACAUACAAAGUUUUUAAUUCAAGUGUAGAUAUUGUACUUAGAGGCUGUAAUUAUUUUUCUAAUAGCCAUAUGUUGUAACUUUGCUCUUUUCAGUAAAUAAAUUUUUAUUAAUUGUUGAUAGCAUGGCAUGUAAAUAAUUAUAGCCAGAAUAAAGAGAAUCUGUUCA